GGCAACGACCAUUACUUCUCCUGAUCCUUAUCCAAAGACCGUCUUCCAUGGAUUCUAUGAGUACUGGGCUCACAGAUUUUACCGUCUUGUUAGUUGGGUCUUAGCUCAAGAGUUUGUCUUUCUCUAAGCAGACAUGGGCCUGUGUCGGAACGCACGACCAUUCCCAACACCAUCCUUAUGUCGCACCCCCUUGCUUGGUCCACUGCGUCUGUGUAACGCCAACCCCCCAUUCCUCUUUGCUCACUAUUCUCUACCAUCAAUACUCAAGCUCCCUCAUCGAAGACUUUCAUCCAGCAUGGUCUAUGUUUACCGCUCACGACUCUUUCUCAACCUCAAUGUUUUUUCUUUGGUGCUUGCCCAAAGUCCGGCAGCCUUUCCCUCCGACGUGACGUCGCCCCAAGGCUUCUUCGGUGGAUGCAGAAAACGUAUAUACGCUGAUUGUCAAGCUACAUCACUUGCCCAGUGUCCAUUAACUGAACGAACCUUGGACACCCACCAUGAGCAACCCUCUACACCUCAACCUUCUCAGGAAUGCAGCGUACUUCUAUCAUUCCGAGCAUGUCCUGCGUGAAACAAACGAGGUGAAGGAGCACCUUGCUCAAGUCCAAAGCGUGCGAUCUCGGCGUGACCGCUCCUCAGGCGACUAUCAACCUCGCCCUCAUUCAUCUUGACCGCAAAAGGUAUGCGCGCUUUCACUCACGAAGCUCUGCGCUGACCUGUUCCGUGCGAGCGACAGUCGGAGAUAGCAGACAGCACGUCCGCGUCCAACUCGCUUUCACCGCGCUUUUCUCGUCACGAUCGUCUUCACC